AGGAGGGGUCACGGGGGUCAGGGUGGCGAUGGUCGCCUGCAGGGGACUCUGGACGCAGCGAUUCUGGAGGUCGCUGCUCGCCGAGCUCCUGGGCAGCGCCGUCCUCGUGAUGCUGGGAGCCGGAGCCACGCUCACGUGGAGCGCACAGCAGCCUCCAUCGCCCGUGCAGGUGUCGCUGUGCUUCGGCCUGGCCGUGGCCGCCAUGGCCCAGUGCCUGGGAGGCGUCAGCGGUGCCAACCUCAACCCGGCGGUGACGGCCGCCCUGCUGGUGACUCGCCGCAUGCCGCUCAGCCGCGGCGUCGCCUUCGUGGCCGCCCAGAGCCUCGGGGCCACGCUGGGGGCCGCGCUGCUGCUGCUGGUCACGCCGGGGGACGUCGCGGGGGCCCUGGGGGCCACACUCGUGAGUACCAGGCUCCAGGUGAGCCACGCUGUGGUGGUGGAGGCGGUAGUCACCCUCCAGCUCGUCCUCACCGUGUGCGCCACCAUCGACGAUCGUCGCUCCGACCUCGCUGGCUCCGGCUCCCUCGCCAUCGGCCUGUCGGUGGCGCUGGGUCACCUCUUUGCGCUGCCCUACACCGGCUCCAGCAUGAACCCAGCACGCUCCCUCGGCUCUGCUGUGGUGUCUGGGCUGUGGGCUAACCACUGGGUCUACUGGCUGGGCCCACUGCUGGGAGGCUGCCUGGGUGGGCCCCUCUACCACUGCCUCCUCUACCCGGACCGAGAGGCGAAGCGCCGCCUCAAGGGAGGCCUCGAGGCGGCCUUCCACCCCCCCGCCGCCGCCGCCGCCACCAGCCGUGACGGCCACGACAACGCCGCCACCCGCAGCCCCGCGGCCAACGUCCAUUGGCCCCUCGCCAAGCGCCCGCGGGCGGCGUCCACGGGCGGCAAAGCGGCGGCCGAGGACUCGGACUGCGUCGUGUUGGUGGGCGGCGGCGGCGGAGACUACGACGACGACGGAGGCCUAGGCCCAGGAGGCGGACUAGGCCCAGGACGUGGCCUAGGCCCAGGAAGCGGACUAGGCCCAGGAGACGGAUUAGGCCCAGGAGGCGGCCUAGGCCCAGGAGGCGGCCUAGGCGUGGGCCCAGGCUACGAUCCGGAGAAGCCUCCUCAGCACCACCAUCAACAACAUCGUCAGCAGCUGCCAUUGACGACGAUGACGACGGAAGAGUCGGCCAAAGACGAGGGGGGUCUGCUGAUGUCGGCGUGACUAGGCCCGGAGAGGAGUGGGCCGAAGCCUUCCGAGCCUCGGCCUACUAGGCCUCAGGAUGCUGCGCCCGUGAGAGAAACGGAUUUGCUCUGAGGGCUAUGGAAAGUUGUUGUUGUUGUUUGUUUGUUUGUUUCGCCUGUCUGAGCUUGUUAAUUGGCCUUCGAUGGGCAACGUUUAACUCAUCCCACAGAGAGCCAUAGACUCAUAGAGACCCAUAGACUCAUCACACAGCAGAGACCCAUAGACUCAUCACACAGCAGA